AUGGUCAUGUUAAAGCAACUUUUCAUCUUGUCUGCCUUUCUAUUGUUGCUCACAAGUGCCUCCCCACCAGUCUUGGUAGAAAAAGAAACGUUCGAAACUUUUGAAUCUCACAGUUACCUACUAUCCUUUUUCUCUCGGAAUCCAACCAUAAGUGAUUGCAGCAACGACAAUGAUAUUCUUCAAAUAGAAUACAUUAAAAUUAAUCCCGACCCACCAAAAAAAGGCAAAUCUUUGGAAAUUAAUGCGCGCGGAUAUUUGACCGAAAGGGUGGACGUGGGUAGCUACGUGGAUAUAACGGUGAAAUUGGGAUUGAUCAAGUUGCUGAGUCAGCGAAUGGAUCUGUGUGAACAAGUAGAAAAAGUCGAUAAAAAGUGUCCGUUGGAGGCUGGACCGCAGACUUUGCAAAAGACAGUGGAGUUGCCGAAAGAGAUUCCUCCGGGUAAAUAUUUUGUUGACGCUUUUGUUUAUACAAGCGAUCACCGUCGUAUUGCCUGUCUCAAAGCUCAAACUUUCUUUGGACCUAUUUAA